AUGUGUGCGGAUGGGUGCGGCUCACAAAAUAAAAACAGUACAAUUAUCGCUAUGGUUGCUUACUGGUUAACGAAUUGCGCCCCAACGAGUGUCAAGACGGUCGAGCUUAUAUUUCCUGUCCCCGGACAUUCAUUUAUGCCGGCCGAUCGUGUUUUUGGACAUAUUGAAAAAGAAGUCAAAAACAAAGAAGUGAUUAUAGAUCCAUCCGAAUAUAGAGACAUAUAUAAUCAUUAUGGCGUUGUUCGCAAAUUGGGUGAGAACUGUGUAGUGAAGGAUUGGAAGACCUAUGCGAGUGAAACAAUGAAACCGCCAGCCAAAUACCACUUCAAAUUUGCAGAGUGCAAGAGGUAUUAUGUAAGCAGAGUGAAGAAUAAUCCUAGACGGUUCCUUCUCAGAGGAGAAGUCAAUUAUAAAAGUGACCUUGGCGCAGCCAAAAGCGUAAUGAAAAGAGGUGUAUCGUCAACGUCAGAGUUUGGCAUCAGAGACAUCCCACCAUUCCAAGCACGCAUAUCUGCUUUGAAACUUGAAGACGUUAACAACCUGUUGUUAAAGCAUUUUGGUGAUAAUUGGAAAUCGGAGCUUGGAUCUGAUAAGCUCUUAUUUUAUAAAAAUAUUCUGGAAACCACAAAUUUUGGUGAACCAGAAAAUGAAGAGCAUUGUGAAUACCUGGAAGAAGUUGGAUUGAGCAUUUAA